UGGCGAGAGGGGGUUUUCUGGUGAGAGGAUGGGGUAGUCUACUUGCAGAGCUCUUUUUGGGGAAGGUCCUUGAGAGAUGAAAGAGAGCUGUCCUUACGCACGGCCAACACACUGGCAUGCUCCACGGUGCUAUUCCUCUUCUGGCGAGAGGCAACGACUUUCAGAGUUGCAGUCCCAGUGGGCCACGGCACUAGGAAAGAAGGUUUCAGGGAUUACCUGCCCUGUCCUUCCUGCCAUCCCCUUUCUCCCCAGCCCCAUGGCUUGGUUUGUGAAGCCUUCUGCGGGCAUCUGCUCAGGGAAGGCCCCUGGUAGUCCAUGAGGGCCAAGUCUCCACAAUGCAGAGGCAGGUGAGCCUUAUAAACCGGUGAGAGAAGAUGCAGGACUCCUUAAACCUGCUGGCCUACUUCUCUCCUGCUUGACCUGCUUUCCUCUCUCGCCUAGCAAUCAGUUUGUGGUUUAUAACUUGGGGCGUCUGUCUUACACUUGCUAAGCUCUUGGACUCGCGGGUAGCCUGUUGCAAUGGAAGGCUGUUUGUGGUUAUCUUGGCCUCCUUACAACAUGGUGCAAUUUAACGGUUUACUCCUCGCUUUCAACGGUCACACUCCCGUCAUCAAAACUAUUGCCUCGACUCCUUUUCCUUCUGGUAGUCCCUAUGCUAAGCACAGGCAUUGAUCCAUGGGAGGGUAAGGGGGAAGACUAUGCUUUAAAAAGGUGUCAAGAGAUGCUUCCCCAGAAGCAGAGUCUUUGCAAGUCUAUUGUGAUGUAGCGGCUAGGAGAAAGGAAAUCUUUGUGGUAUGUAAAGCUAUGGUGUUCUUAUGAUUGCAGUCCUCCUCUGCCUGUGUUGAAGUUAGCACAGACGUCUUCCACUGCCUGGCUGCAUGAUCAAAUCCUGGAGCUGCUGGGAGUUUGCAUGCAGUCUAGAUCCAGGAUUUGACUCUGUGGGAAAUGGAAAAACCUUGGCCUGCUCAAUGCCAAAGCAGCUGUAUUGCAGUGGGAAAAGUGAAUUAGUUGGAACCUGCUGGUAUGUCGGUACAUGUCCUUGCAGGCUUUCUCCCUGUCAGAUCCAAGAGUGCACGAAACCGCACAUUGACUUCCCUCUAAAUGCCUGUCUGUGUUGGGUUGCGGGCGAGGGAGGGAGAUGAAGGAAUUGCACAACUUGAAUUAACUGGUGCUUGUAUAAACGUUUAGAUCAUAAGUAUGACAGUAUUGGGAAGAGAAAAGUCGGAGCGAGCUUUCAUUUAGCAGGCACCUCUCCCUUUAAGGGAAUACAGUUUGCAGUUCUGCACACUCUCCUUUCCUUUUUUUAAGGGCAGUGAGGGAUGUUUCAUCAGAGCAAAGGAAGCCACAUAAGCUGGUAAAAGCAAACACACAGUCAGCCUUGCGGCUCUGCCAGGAUUAACCCUACAUGUCUGCGCUGCAGUUCAGGUUUUGCAGGCGAAAGGGUGACUCCCUCUUAAAUACUUCUGGCCUCCAGCUCUUCUGCUGGGCAUUUGCUCUUGCUAUUUUUGUCAUCGGGGCUUCCCCAUAAUCUAUAUACAAGUAUAACAGAACUGUCCUUGGAGCCAGGUUAUUCUUUGUGAUGCAUUGGUUAAUAGUUACUUUUGUCAGAGCAAUAAGUCUGCAUCUGGAGCUGAUGAAAGGGAAUAACCGGAAGAUCUGGGAUAAGUCAGGAGUGAGUGUCAGCCUUCCUUCCCCCAGCUCAGGCCUCUGCGCACCCCAGCCCAGGCUCGCGGUGUUGUCAAGCAGGGUUCAUUUUUAAAGGAGAACUUUGCUCUUCAUUCUUGUGGAGAAAGUCUGGAGACACGUCGCUAUGAAUGGCCUGAUUGUCUGGUUCUCGCAGCAGCCUGUAUAGUUAUGCGACUGGACGGGUGGUUGCAGUGCCGAGGAAGGCUAUGGACACUAACCCCCUUCCUCGAGGACAAGGCUGCCCUCUUCACUUCCCCACCGAUGAGUCCGUUCAGAGCAAUCUCCUCUUAGCCACGGGUCCCUCACCCCUCGGUGCCUUGACGGAGACGAGCCAACGUCGGAGAACUGGGUUGAUGCUGCUACACCUUCCAGUUGGGUGCCAAAGCCCUGGCUUGGGGCUCGGCCCCUGGCAGCCAGCAAUUUGUGACGUGCAUUGGUACAAAGGCAGAUGUCAGCAAGCAAAUAUGGGAUCUGGCUGUUACGGGGAAAAAAGUGAACCCAACCAGCGACAGCUGUUUUGACUAAAUGAAGAGCCCAGCACUCCUUCCUGCCCAGGGCAGGGGGUCAGACUCGAUGAUCUAAUAGAUCCCUUCCAGCCCUAAAAUCUGUGAAGACUUGUAUCAGGUAGUAUUAAGGCCUGAGAUGAAUCUGGGGUGGUGGCCUGGGUUCAAGUCCUCUCCUGACCAUCCUGCAAGCUGAGUCUUCUGCGUCGCACCGUUCCCCCAGCAUCCUCCUCUUAGUUGGGACUGAUACGGCAGCUGCUUCCAGUCCUGUAAGUAGGGCAGAGCCCCAGCAAGAAGGGCUGCAUGGCAUGAAUGAGCAGCUUCCUCUUUGGAGGACUUCCAGGACCACCCCAUCUUCUCCACAGUGUUCCCAGCCAGUAGAAAACACCGAGCGCAGGGUAGCUCUGAAAUCCUGCCCUUCUCCGAAGGCCACACAAUGGCACGUCCAGCCCUGGGGGAUCGGGCCCCACAAUCCUCCUGUGGGCAGGUCCCUCCUGUCCUCCAUCCUUUCAGGGAAGGGACCGGGAUGCUGGCACCGGAGCACACUUGACUAUUGCAUCCUGGUGGGUAAAAGUCAAGUGCUUGGCUGGGAAGGAAGACUCAUGCUCCUUCUGUGCCUUGCAUUUGAGGCAUUGCAUAAAAUGCAGACGCACUCUAGAGCAGGGUAAAUUUGGGACAUUUACCACAUCUCUCAUGGGGCAAGCACUGACCGCUAGGCUGCAGAAUUGGGGAUGUGCCCUCACCCUCUCGUGAAUCUCCCAUUGAGGCGGUAGCACUACUGAAAAGGGGUGGACAGUGCCUCUUCAGGGCUCACUGACGGCUAUGGGUAGCUACAACCCAGGUCCCCUGCUUCCUGGAUGAGUGCUCUAACCACUAGGCCAUGAUAUGAGAGGUGUUUUCACCAGCUUUAAAAAGAAAAUGGCUUCGCCUGUGUGUUGUGAGGCUUCCCAUCCUGUCGAGGGUAGGUCUUGAGUGCCUACUGGAGUGGUCCCUAAGGGGACGUUAGCCAGAACCACAUCUAGUUUUGGGUUCUCAGGCUUAGGCUGGAGUUAGGUGCCCACAUUGUGCAUGCAUGUGUGCGUGCAUAUAUGUGUGUGUGUGUAGCCUUGGGCAGAACCGAGGUGCCGUGUCCUGCUGUAGACACCAACGCCCUUUCUUGGAGGUCGUUAGAAGCCCCUCGAAGCUUACUAUGAAGGAUUUUUUCCAACUAUUUGAGUUGGUCUAAUAAAAUAAUAAUAAUAUUGGAGUUGGUGUAAUAACAGGUAUCGGGUUUAUCCAAAGCACCUUGUCUACCUAUGUCCUUAGACCAACACGGCGACAACCUACACCCCUCAAAGUGUGCGGCAGAGCUGGGUCUUCCAGAUCCUAAGCGCGUGACCUGCUCUCCUUCCUCGUGACUUUAGUAGCAACCGACACCAGCUGAAGAGCAACCUAUAAUUUUCCUUAAAUCCCUCUCCUUCCCUUUAACAAAAUAGCUGUGUGCACAGUGUAGGAUAAGCAGACUCUUGAAGUUGGUGCCUCGCAUGUCACCUGCUGAUUCUCCUUGGAUACCCUGGGCUUCCUUACGCCAUCAGGUUCAUUGCUCGUUAACAACUCCCUCUUUAGCUGCAAGGUUCCCGACUGAAGGCGAAAUGGGUGUUUUCACAUCUGUUGCUGCAUCUCAUUAAAGCAGAACGUCAUUGCAACCCUAAUUUUCUCCGAUUCCUGGAAAUGCAUCUCAGCCUCUGUGGUUCCUUCUUAUUUCUCCAAGGAAGCCGGGGCGCUCGGCAGAGGACUUCAUAGGUAUUUGGAGAAUGAUUUCCAUUUCUAGCCGUGUCCUUAGACUAUUACCACUAAACAUAAAGGACUCCUAAUGGUUGGGUCUCAAGUGCUCACGCCUGGUCCUAACGCGGUGAUUAGUGUUAGACAGCAGACACCAUCCCAAAUUACCUGUCAGGAAACAGAGAGAGAGAGAGGAGGGACCUGUGCAAUUGCAGUGCAGCUUAGCAAGAAGACGUUUUACCCAGAUAAAGCCACUUCCGAUGGCUGCUUGCAUGCAAAGUGACUGUUACAAAGAGUCCUGAAAGAAGGAGCGAUUAAAAGCACCACCCUUUGCUAGCAGGAUGGGCCAGAUCACUCGUCUUGCUAUCAGCGGUGCAAAGCCAGAGGUAACCCCACUGACCUCAGUGGGAUGGUGCUGCUUUUUGCUUUCCCAUCAAUAUGGACAAGUACAGAACCAAGCCUAAAAUGUCAGGCGGUUUCCCCGCACCCCUAAAAGUCUCUUCCCCGCAUCCCUAAAAGUCUCUUCCUUACCAGUUGGAGCCAUGUGCCAGAUGCUCCAAGUGUCCGUGCCUUUCAAAGAGUUGCCUUUAACUCCCCCAGUGCGUCAACCUCCUGUUCUCUUUUGCAAACACCCCUCGGAGGAUCCGGCUGCACUUUUAUGCCAAUCCACCUGGAUCUUUCUUUUUAAGGAAGAGCUAUCAUAGCUUGGCAUGAAGCAAUACAGAGCGGGAGGGGGAAUCUCGACUGCCCCUUCCCUUGAACUGAUUACAAGAGGGGAAAAAAAUCCCUCUCCUGAGUCCUGAGUUGCAUCAACAUUUCUGCAAAGGGAGUUUUUUUUUCAGGAGAGACAGAUGCAAAGUUUCUUUUAUCUUCAAAGAUUUUUUUUUUAAAGAGCUUAACAGUCUCUGCGUUUAAGCUGGUUUCAGCCAGUUUUUUUGCUCUCUGUUUGCACUUGAGUAUGAAACCUGGAGAGUUGGCUUUGGAAGCUGAAUUGAUGCUUCAGCGAAAAAACUCCAAAGUCUUCAAUCGCCCCCAGUGAGGAAAACAAUGCUGGACAGUAACCACAGGUGUAGAGCCUGAUUAAAUGCAGGCAGGCUUAUCCGGAGCACAGAAAGCCCAGGUGUGCACAGACCUUGGCAAUCAUGGGGGAUGUUUUCCAGAGACCGAGACAAGCUUGAAACUGCUGCUGUUGUGAGAAAAGUGACUCUGGUAAAAUAGCGUCGCGGGGGUUCCUGAUAGAUCUGUUCAAGCUGCCAUGUCUAUUUAAAAAUAGAAAUCGCUAAUGCUCUCUUCUUCCCAGCCCAUAGGAUUUUAUUCCCUCUGAUGUCCAUUUGCAACUUGCUUAGCUUUCAAGGCAUUUUCUUUCCAACUUGCUGCCUGGGCACAUCUGAUAUUUUGGCCUUUUACCUUUUCUUCUGGGUACGAAGGCUCUGCAUUUACUUAAUGGGGACGACAGAUAAAGCAGAGGAGAAUCUGGGUUUCUGCUUCUGAUAGAAGUAUCAUGCUAGCACAAAGUUUCCGUAUCCCUGCUAGAAAAAAACAGCCAGGCCUGGAAACUAGUGGCAAAGAUCCCAAGUACCCUCGACUCCCCUCCCUCCCAGGCAUCAUCUGUAGUUUCUGUGCAUUGUGCACACCAUCAGUGAAAAUACUGGUGCAGAACAGGCCUCUGUGAGACCCCAGUAAAAGUAUCCUCCCACCUGAACAGCAAACCCUUGAUAACUUCAGUGCAACGGGUGCACAAGUUGUUGAAAAUCCUCAGUCCGUCAGUGAUUUCAUUGAUACCUAGUUUGUUCGUGAGCAUGGCACGUGGGACGGCAUGGAGAACCUUACUGAGGUCAAAAGAUGUCACGUCCGCUGCUUCCCUCUUAUCUGCAAACCCUAUCAAAGGAGGAAAUUAGAUUGGUUUGGUGUGAUUUACUCCUGGUGGUUUCUUAUCGGCUGUUAUUCUCCAGACUCUAAGGCCAGAGGGGAAGUGGUUCACCCAAGGUCGCGCAGCAGAGCAGUGUCAGAGCCAGCCACUGAACUCGGGGAUCAUUCGAGUUCUGGCCCCGCGCCCCCAGUACUGGAUUACACUGCAUUUAAGAUUUGAAAAUGCCUUUAUCAGCCUGGUUCAACUUGCUGCUCCUCCUUCCUUGCAUUGGUACGACCAAGACUUGCUAUCCAGGAUGCCACUGUGAGGUGGAGAGUUUUGGGCUCUUUGACAGCUUCAGCCUGACCAAGGUAGACUGCAGUGGAAUAGGGUCGCACAUUGUUCCUGUGCCAAUCCCAUUAGAUACCUCCUACCUGGACCUGUCUUCCAACAAACUGGAAACCGUCAACGAAUCAAUGCUUAGCGGCCCAGGUUACACGACGUUGGUUAGCCUUGACCUUAGCUAUAAUAAAAUUGCCAAGAUCUCUUCCACUACCUUCUCCAGGCUUAGGUAUCUGGAGUCUUUGGAUCUGAGUCAUAACUCUUUGGAAGUCCUCCCAGAAGAGUGCUUCUCCAGUUCACCGUUGGGGGACGUAGAUUUGAGCAGCAACGGCCUCUUGGAAAUAACAAUGGAUGUCUUUGCUUCCAAAGGUCAGGGGAAACCCAUGAACGUGGAUCUAUCCAACAACGCGAUACGCAGAGUUGCGAGACAUCGCAGCAGAAACAUUCCCAACAUCCAGAGCUUAAAUCUUUCUGGAAACAAACUGACUACCGUGCCAAAUCUUCAAGGGAUUCCUCUUCGAUACUUAAACCUGGAUGGGAACCCAUUGGCCAAGAUCGAGAAAGGUGCCUUGGUGGGGCUGAAGGAUUUAAUCCAUUUGUCUCUCAGCAGUCUGCCUGACUUCAGAGAGAUCUCUCCCUACAGCUUCAAAGAAUUGCCAGCCCUCCAGGUACUUGACUUAUCCAGCAAUCCCAGUCUUAAGUCUUUGAGUGCUGAAGUCGUCUUUGGUUUAAACUCCCUGCAAGAACUCAACCUCUCCAGUACCGGUGUACCAUCUUUGCCAAAGACUGUGCUAAAAUACUUACCUUCCAUCAAAAGCAUCACCUUGGGAAAGAAUGUGCAGUGUUUUAAGACCAUUAAAGAAGGGCAGUACCACCGACAAAUGGGACACACCAAAAAAGAGGUCCUCAGUUGUCACGACAGCAAUGGGUCUGUAGCGGCAGCACCCUAUGUUUUGUGAUGACACUCGGAGCGGGUGGGAACGGAGGGAAUUGUACAGCUAUCCGGACAGAAAUGGGCUGCAGCGUGCCUUUUGUAAAAUUGUCAAUAAUUUAUAUAUUUGUAUAUGCCAAUACUUGAUUGCGUGUGUGUUUUAUAAACUCUGUAUUACUGGCCACCAUUUUCUUCCACAGUCCUUUGCAACCUCGUGAUUCCCUCCAGCCAUUUUCACAUCAUGCCUCCAGCUCAGGAGUUCAGGAAUAGCGUUUUACUGUGAAAGGGGACCAAGCAAUGUCGCUAUUCUGGAUUUUUAAUAGAGGGAACAAAUGCAUUCGGACCAAUUGUACUCGCAGCCCUCUCUGGUGCACAUCAAAAACGCGUGAACUCUGCAAUCCUUUACUUGCAAAUCCAUGUUUCAUCUCCUUUCCUUUUUUUUUAUUCCUCAAGAAGUGCCUUCCAGAUGUUGCCUUCAUUAGCAGAGCCUUGCUCAUUUGUCAUGCACUUUCGGUCUGAAGAAACCAUUUGGGACACAUGUGAGCAACGGGGUGCUGCUAAUGUUUUUAAAUGCUGUUUGCAUAGAAGUGCAAUGAACACUGGGUAACUGGGAACCAUAUUUUCCCCUCUGUCUUUCUGAUUGCAUUGGAGCCUCCAUUGAGAAGCUGUCGGGAGGCAGAUGUGUCCUUGAUCUUACUGGAGACAAAAUGCUCAGAUCUAGCCCUGUGUCUAUGCCGCUUUUGCUAUUCUUGCAGGCUCCUGCCUCUCUCUGUCCUCUGUAUACAGCAGGGUGGGUCUGCCUUCAAUAAAGAGCAAAUGGUCUGGGAGCUCAGCUCCCCGAGGGGCAAAGGAGCAUGAGCUGUGAAGCAGAGGGAGCAUGUAAACUAGAUUUGAAACCUUUUCUGGGGAAUCUUAAGGAAUGCCCAUGCUCCUGCUUAUCUUGACAACCUUAUCAACCAGAGACAGGACCCAAAGGACUGAGCCAAGAAACUUUUUGUUCCUCCGUUGCCUUCCCCUGCCUGGGGAGAGCUUGUGCAGCACAGCUGGGCCUUGUGAAGGCAGUUUCAUGCUAGAAAAUAUCUGCCUACCAAGGGCAGCACAGGAAGGGAGGAGAGAGGCUCCAACCCCAGUGCCUGGGGUGACAUGUGCCGGCUCUCCAGCAGCCCAGGGCAGUGCAACACUUGCUGCUCUGUGCUGAUUGUUCCUUCCCCACCUUGGCAGCUAACGAGUCUCUAUUUAAGCCCUUGCCUGUAGAGCUUGCAAGAGCACAUAACCACAUCCCUCUUCCCUCGGUUCCCUGCCUGAUGAGCAUGGCAGUCGAGAGAAACCACAGAGCAAGGACAAAAAACCGGUUUAGGGAAGUGGGUAGCACUGGCUGGAACAGGAAGCGGGGGGACAAUGUGGAGGAAGUGGGGGCAAGGCCACUUGCAAAAAAAAAAAAAAAUGGGGAAAGCUGCUCCAUUGAGCUCAGUGGGGAAUUUGGUAUGAGUCCCCAAAGGGAGGGACUGAGGCAGUCAACCCCAUCAGUGGAGGUGUCUCCUUCCCCGCUGGCUGAAUUUGGUCCACCGUCCCUAGGUAGGGAAGGGGAGGACGAGAGAAACCAUGCAAGGCAGCGUCAGCUCUCAGCUGUAUUGGGCUAUGGUCUUGUAGGAGUAAUCGCGGCCGUGUAACCAAGGUGUGUCCAGACUAACUAGAGGAGAAAAAGGGCAAGGUUUACCAUGCGUUAGCUGCUAGUGAGCACAGUGUUAUCCCAUGGUAAGGGAAAGCUACCCCUGUGGUUAAUAUAACUCCCUUUCCUUAAGCAACCUUUUCCUUCGUGGUUUCUCUGCACCGACCCAAGCUGCCUUUUUAACCAGCUUAAGUUGGUGUGUCUGCUCGUUUCCGUUUAAACCUUUUUUUUUUUUUUUUUAGUUUAGUGUAAGUCUAUUAGGAAGGGUGAAACUAAACUGCUCUAAGCCACUAUUUAAGCCCAAAUCGGUAUGUCCGCCUGGCCAUUCGCAUCACACCCGUAUUGGUUCAGUUGACCGAUGUGUAGACAGCGCUGAGGUUUAAUGGAGUCAGAGUUAUCCCAGACUUGAGCAGGUGCAAGAGGGAUGAAAUCAGGCCCGUCUCGUACGCCAGCGCUGAGAAUGGCAGCCCACAAUAUGGGGUGAUAGGAAAUGCAGGGGCAGAGCCUCCAGGGACUCAGGACAAAUGCAGUGGCCCCUGGAAGCUGGGGGGGGAAGGUCAUACAGAGUAGGUCAGGAUGCACCUGGCUAUAUCCAUAACCGCUGAGUGAAUUAUUCUGAUCUGCCGAGUAGAAGAAGGAUGACCCAUCAAAGGUGCUUUGCACUGGAAACCCACAUCAUGGAUCCCAGGAAGAGCAACAUUUUCCUGCUUUCAUCCUCCAGAAUAUUUUACUGCCGGAAAUUACAGCUGCCUCCAACCCGUUCUCUGUGGGAAUGGUAGACAACUGAGCAAAUUCAAGCCAGCUGUUGUCUAAGAGGGGCCGAUUCACAGCUGUAGUUUUAUCCCAGCUCUGAAUCCAGCAUUGGCUUUCCAAAUAAUGUUUCCCAGCAAGAGUUUCGCUCGUUCUAGUACUAAACGGCUCGGUCCUCUCUCGUAUCGAAUGACAACCAUUUCUGGUUGAUUUUCCCCGUUUGCUGAGCUUUUUCAUUGCUCAGCUGGCCUUCAGGGUCAUGAGAAACCUGUAGAUUUUCUUAAAAAGGCAACAACAUUGUCUCGGGCAGAGGAUGCCUUUCUACAAGCCUUCAGGAGGGGAAAUGAUGGGCAAAGAGUUGUACUGAGUUGUCCUGUCUUUCUAAUGGAGCUUGCCUUUUUAAGAUAAUUUUUCUGCUGGCAGAAAAUGUAAUUUUUUUUUAAGUUGUUUAAUUUUAUAAUUGUGUACUUAGAUGGCGUGUUAGGGGAAUAAUAAAGGGCGACAGGAGGUCGGGCCCUUGUACCACUGUGGUAAAUUUUUAAUACCCGAUGUGACAAUCGAAUUGAAGACUGCAAGAUGAGCUCUUGUAAUCUCAUGCUAGCUGCUAGUUAAAUGAGUCUCAGCAAGGGCUGGCAAAGACCUUCUCUGUAUCUUUAUUUUUUUUUCUUUCUUUCUUUUUAAAAAUCUCUGCAGCGUUGUAAUGCUUUACGAUUAUUUCACAAUAUAAUAAAGUGAUUCGGAGAAGAA